AUAAUGUCACAUUAAAGUUCAUUAAAACUAUUGCUCCGAGUCGGAACCUCGUCCAGUAGGCAAUUUUACACGAUGAAGUGUUUGAUUUUUCUUGUGGUGUGUUCUGCAGUGGUAUUAGCCGAAAUGUCGGAAGCCAAGCCUCAAAGUAACCAGGAAAUGGCUGGAGCGCGAUGCUGCAACAAGUGUGAACCUUGCCGAUCAAAUUUUGUUGUUGAGAAGCCUGUCGAUCCGGAUUGUCCUCGCACGCUGAACUACUCAUACAACGUACAAGUCAUCGAACCACACUGCCCCUGCCAUAAGUUUGAUAUCUUGGACGCGAACGUGGAAAAACCUAAGGAUCCUCCAUGCCCAUCGAAGCUUAAAUUAACCGCCAAGGUGGAACACCAUACAAGAGAUUGCAGUUGUCCUACUUGUUGGUAUGGAACGUUUUCCAAUAUAUCCCUGCAUACCUCAAAUUCCGAACAAUACUAUACCAAUAAGAGCUAUAGCUCAGUGCUCAAAGAACCUAAAAUUUAUGAAUUUAGAUCUCGUAGAAACUUGAUUCAGGAGGAAAAUGAUUUCACCUAUCGUUUUCCAAGAAAGCGAUACAAAAGAUCGGCUUUAGGAGAGCUCAAUUGCAAUGACCUGGUUAAGAAAGGAUACAUUUGCCGUUGUGUUCCUGAUGAUGGAAGUAGUUGUUUUUCUGAUCUCGCAGAUGAUGAACCAAUAGUAGGUUCCUCAUUUUUUAGAGAAACAGCAGAUGAAACUGAUGUUCACAUUGGUGGAAGUAGACCUCCUUCGUUUGAAACAAUAAGGAAACAUAUGUCUCCCAUUGCAUUAGCGAGAGAAGGUAGAAGCACAUUAGAGGAAGUUAGGGGUCUUGCUGAGAUAUACUACGAGAUUUAUCAACACCAACACGAGAAGAAUCUUACUAUUCCAAUCAAGUAUGGCACCAAAAUUGCUGAGGGUGAUGCUGCAGGUCUUCGGACUUACGACAUUGAGCCCGUUGAAGGCGAAUACAAACUGUCGAACAUGGAAAAAUUAGCUCAAUUCAGUAAUAGUAUGUUCGGAGAGCUCGUUGACACGGUUAAGAAAAUGCCCAAGCUUCCUAGGCUUGGCAUAUUUCCCCUUAGAGAAAAUAGGCAAAAAAGGCGGGUUCAGCGCAACUCAAGAAGAAAGAAAGAAACAUGAGUUUUAAAAAUUAUGACCAGUAAAAACAUUUUGAUCUCUAAGAGCACGUAGAUCAGCUUUAUUGGAUAUGUUUUGUUUUACUUUAUA